CAGUCUAGGUCCCAGGCGGUUGUCCUUGUGCAACCAGCUGUUCAACUCCUUCCGUGGUCAAGUGGGUGGAGUUCUAGGUAGAGCAGCUGUUUUUGGAGUGGCUUGGCAUUGUUUGAAAUAGUUGGGUAUACAUACACUCAAUUACUUCAGUUUGAGCAACUUAUAUAUGCAUAACGGGUUUAUAUUAAUACUUGAAGACCAAUUAGUUCGGUUACCCCUCUAUGUCUGUACUCAUAGGUAUUUGAUAAUCAGUUAUUAUGGUCAUAGCCACGUUAACGGUUGUUGUAAGCUAGAAGUUUGGUUUUUUCAGAAUAAGUGUGGGUUCUUUUUAGUCGUGAGUGAAGUAUAACGCAGUGACUCACGGAAUGUGUUAUGCUGUAUUCACUGCGAAUCUCAUUGUACGCACUGGUGGUUCAUUCUGUGUCUAUCACUACUUGUAUUUUUCCACCAUGUAUUAGUUUUUAGUAUAUGUUCUUAAUUUCGUUUAAAUUCCCAAGCUUACAAUAGCGCUGAAUUAAGUCGCACUAAUUCUGAGAUAAUUCUAACAUUCUAUAGUGAGUGAAUACUGAAUCUGCUCUGAAAUAGGUUUUUUAAUGGCACAGACUAGAACUCAGUGCUGGCUUUCAACAUGACUGGCAAUAAUUCAGUACCGUGUUCUUUUUCUAGACAUUUUUAGGAGUAGAUCAGACCCUACUGGGUUUGCUUAUCAGCGUUGUUCCGCCCUCACAGGACAUAUUAAGCAAAGACUAGCCGUAUUUCAGAACGAAAAGACUUAAUUCAGCACCCAGCUCGUCUUAAGCGCGACCAGCCUUAUUUCAGAACAUAGUAGGUAGAUAAGAUCUUCAUUUACCAUAAAAAGGCAUUUUCGAAUAAUAGGUUAAAAUAAAUUGAAUUGUUUUAAGCUUGGGUUGUUAAGAUAUACGAAUAUAUAAUGAAUAAUCCAACGAAGUCAUUAGUUGUGCAAAUAUUCACCAAGGUUGCUGUUUAAACAAAUGUUUUAGUGCGAUAUAGUGGAGUGACGUACGUAUUACAUAGUUAUUCAUAAGCAGCAGGGAAUGUUAUUCGCUUUGUUUUAUAAAUGAAUCAGAUAAAUUAUACUUGUUAUAUUUGUUUAACAGCGGGUGUAGUCCGGUUUCCAUGUAAUGCGGACGACAGUGUACCUGCAUAUAUGUGUAUAUGGAAUGUUCGUCAAUGUUUUACGAAUUUCAUUGGAUCUAGCAGCUCCUUUUCAUCUCGGUCAUAUAAUACUCACAUGUUUUAAUGUGAUAACGUGAUUGCAGAAAGAUAUACGAAAUGCAACUACAAGCUCUGCAAUUUCAUUGGCUUGCAAAACUGUAUUCUUCACAGUCAUUAUUUCUGUUUUGGAAUAAAUAAUGCAGACAAGUGAAAAUACGAAUGCCACUGCAGCAGAAGGAGAUAUUUCAUUUUUGGAUUUUUUAAACACAUCUGAUACGGAUAAUGAAGAAUUAAAAGAUGUUGAAAAUGAAGUGAAGGAAACACAGGAGGAUGAUACAGCCAAUGAUGAAGCCUCUUCGUUAACACUUUCUAUUACAAAUGUCGUUGUAAUGGCCAGUAUGAAGUGUCAUUUGCGUUUGAAAGAAAUCGCCAGACUAGUGUUGAUGUUGAAUAUAAAGCUCUUCAAAAUCAUGUUAUAAUGCGUUUACGAUCCCCGUAUACAGUGGCGACAAUUUGGUCUAGUGGAAAAAUAUGGUGUACUGGAGCUAACUCACUUGCCAAGGCAAAAAUUGGCGCACGGCGUAUUGCUAGACGAAUAGCAAAAUGUGGUUUCCCUUGCCAUUUCAGUAAAUAUCGUGUGGUGAACAUUAUGGCUACAUGCAGACUACCUUUUGGUGUGAGAUUAGCAGAGCUAGUUAGAGAAAGACCGAUGCAAAUGAGUUAUGAACCUGAGUUAUCUCCUGGUCUCACCUUUAAAACUGAUCCUAAUUCAAGUACAUCUCUUAAACUUUUUUCCACAGGACGCAUUGUUAUUAUGGGUUCAAGUUUGGAUGCAAUUGGUUCACUGGUCGAAGAAUUAGUCCCCGUAGCUGCAUUGCAUCAAACUGAUGAACCUAUACUAGAUGCUGAAGAUAUUCCUGACAAUGAUGAAACUCGAGCAGCUUUAAAAGCAGCUCGUUAUAUGAAUAUGAUUCCAGACGAUGGAUUCGGUGGUUUAGCCUAUCAUGUUGAUGAAGAAUAUGCGAAUAGCGAUGAAAGUGAUGGUUAUGAGUAUGGUGUACGCAAUGGCUUUUCAACAGAUGAUUCCACUGAUAGUGGAGCUUCUAUUGACAGUGGAGGUGUCAGUACUAAACCGAAGCGUUAUGUUAAGCGUAGAACGCGUCUAUACGACUCCGCUUCAUCCUAUUCUAAACUACGCGGUUAUAAUUCAAUGCAGUCUGGACCUCCGCUUCAUUUAAUGACUCCCAGAGAAGCUGCUAGUUUAGCUUUCUCUAAACGUAUUGCUGGUGAUGUUGAAGGAGCUCGUGAUUUAGUGGCUGCAGCUGGUGAAUUAAGACGUCAUCAUGAAUUACUACAGAGUUCAGGUCGAAAUAUCAUAUCAAACAAUGUCCAAAAAGAAGGUUGUUCAAAUUUCCCUCAGAAUGAUCCUACAUGGUGUCGAAAAGCAGUAGCAUCGGGCUCCACAAAGCGUGCAUGCGUUGUCACGUAUUCUGGAACAGAGGAUAGUGAAGCCCAAGAUACUGGUAGUAAUCCUGAAUUGCAUAAUCAAGUUUUUCCUCAGCCUACUGUUUCUUUACUUGAACAACAACAACAUCAACAGUUAUUACAGCAGACACAAUUCCCUCAACAACAACAACAGGUUAGGUUUAUCCAUACACCACCCUCUGCGAUUUCAUCAUUCAAUCCACCAAACACUGUCCCAAUGUCUACUGUAAUUACACCAAUGAAUACAGUUUCCAAUUCUCUUCAAUAUGUUUAUAUUAAACCAUCUACAAGUCUUGGACAAACUGUUUAUAAUAAUGUACUUCCUACUGCUCAACCAACUAUGCACUUUUCUACUACACCACAGUCGAUAACACCGAUGCAAACUAAUUCCUUAAUGCGUCUGUCUAUGCCUACAUCAGUUGGUAUAAUGAAUGGACAAAAUCUUCAAACAACUGUAACGUCGUCAUCGCCAUCGUUGGCGUCGUUGUCAUCAUCGCCAGCAGCAGCGACUAAUGUUUAUCCAGUCCGUUUAUCCCAAAAUACUCCAACUAAUAUUAUCUCACAAAAUGAUGGAAAGAUGAUAACUUUUACUACUGGUGUCGCCGCCAGUAACAAUCCAAAUCAAUUGAUAGGCUUCACAAAUACACAAAUACCUUCACAAAUUUAUUCCAAUAUCUAUCAUCAAUUUGGUUCAAAUUCAAUAGUAUCUGGUCAGACUACACCAUUUAUCUUAGGAUCUUCUGUUUUCACAACAGCUACCACUUCAUUUCAUCCUCAAUUGUCGAUAUCAUCAUCACCAUCAUCAUCAAAUAUCUUGGUUGGAUCUCCUAUACAACCAUACCAGCACCACCAUCAACAACAACAACAGACAAUAGGAACUGUUAAUCCACUCACCGCAUAUACGCCAACUUAUGUUUAUCAAUAUCCUGGUGGAUUUAUAUAGGCGGAAAUUUGCACAAAGUCAGGCGGGUGUUGUUGUUGUCGGUUUUAAAGUUAACAACCAGCUUAUCUUUUACAACUCCCACUUGUAAAUAGGUUCUUUGUAUGUGGGUGUGUGUAUAUAUAUAGGCGCCAACACACACACACACGCGCACACACAUACAGUGGUGUCUCCCCUCUGAUUUUAAACAAAACAAACAAAACUUGAUUGUCAUCUUUUUUGAGUGUGUGUUAACCCCCCCCCCAGCCCCACCCUAUUAGUAGUGGUAUUCCUUUUUGUCCUAAGUCUAUAUUAAUUUUGAUUUCAUAUCAGAACUUCCUCACGUGUAAUUUGUUGCAUUCAAUAAUUUCGUAAAAGCAUUUGGAUGAAUCAACGCCGACGUUUUCCACGAAAAAAAAAUUAAUCUUUCACAUUGUACACACACACACUGUCUCUACAACAGCUGUACUGUUCUCAUCCUUACUACUUUCCACUACUACAACUACUACUACUGGUCUGUAAGUAGUAUCGAUAGUUUUUUGUAAUAUUCAUUGGUAAUCCAUAGAUGACGAUGUAUAUAUUGUAUGCAUCGGUUUUAUCUAAGCUUGCAUUUACUUUUAAUAUUACUAUUAUUAUUAUUAUUAUUAUCAAUAAUAUUAUUAUUAUUUUAAUUUUCACUUAAUUUAUAUAAUGAAAUUAGGAUAUCUAGGAGUUGUCAUAUACUUCUACUUUCUCUUUAUCACAAACAGUUUAUCUCCUACAACACACUAACACACGUACACGUUUUCUUUACAGCAAUUAGCGAGUGUGGCGACUUGAACUUCCGCACAUUUGUGUAUAGUUCUAUGUCGAAAAACAGACAGACAGCAAUUAGCAGAGUGCUUAAAUUCUUGCUGUGGUUGCGUGGAGUAAGGGGGGAGUACUUGUGUACUUUUCUAUUUGAUCUAUUUCUCUCUCCUCCUCUCUCUCUCUCUCUCGCUUUCUUUCGAACGGACACCCAAAUGCAGCUGAGGUUUACGUUCCUUAUUCUUUUCCUUCUUGUUCAAUUGGUUCCCUGCGUUAGUUAAUUUUUUUGUUUGUUUCCUUUAGUUUUCUUUCUUGGGUGAUGUUUUCAAGUUCAUAUACAUAUAUCUACACAUAUAUUGUUUUUUGUGAAUAAAGAUAAAGUUCUUUUGUGGAGUUUAUGUUGGUCAAAUUGUUGAUUAAUUUCAUUCUUUCUUUUACGAUUUCUUUACGAAGUAAUAGUUAGAUGUCUGUAUGUUUCGGCAUGUGUGCAUCUGAAUGGGUCCAGAUUUUACUUUUCAGUAGUAUAUUCUUGCGUCUGGUGUAAUCAAACUAGUUGAUUUAUCAACAACUACAACAAAAGAGCUCUUGGAACACGUCUACUGCAGUGAAUUCUGAUGACUGACCGUUUCAACAUAUAGUACUUUGUACAGAUAGAUGUGCAGCAGUUCCAGUUGUCACUCUCCUUUCAUGUUGAACACAAAGCAAGAGUAGAGAGUAAACACAGAGAGAUUUAAAAACAAAAGUGUGAGGGGAAAAGAAUACUCAUAUGGAAGGACAAUGGUGUCUCAUUGGAUGUAACUGACAAAUCACAAAGGAGUGAAUUUAUCUGUACUAUCUUUGAAAAGGAGGAUUUUCAACCACGUAAUCAGUUGUCUCCAGUUUUCGUUGGUUCUUACCAUCCCGACGACUCAAGCCAGCGAGCCAGUCUACACCUCCCUUAAACUAACUGUUGUGGAUUUAUUUCAUUGCCUGAUGAAGCCAUGUUUUGGUUUGAUUACCACGUGCUUACUCUUUUCCAACCUGAUCCAUCCUGUGUCAGUCAGCUAACAUUGACCGGCUGCCUCAGAUUCAUGUCUGUACAAUCAGUAGAUUCUUCACAACUGAAGCAGCCUAGAGUUUAAAUGUGGCGAUAUUGUGUUAACCAGUCUACUAGACACUGUUAGCUUUUAUUGAAUGUAAUGGAAAGAACACAUUCCGGUUCCAUAACUACCGCUGUAUCAGCAGAAUCCUAGAGUAUUUAGUUGCGAAUUUAUUUCUUGGCUACUUGAUAUGCAGAUAUGGCGAAAAAAAUAUAUAUGUAUAUGCCUGUCUUUAUAUUAAAAUCCCUUUUCGCACAUGUCCUGCGCAUUGUGCUUCUUCUAUCUUCCUUUCAUUUUUUCUAUGUUCUUUCAUCGAGGAUCGUCCAUUUUUCCAUUUCGCCACUGAAUUCAUCCCUGCACUAUUCAAUAUUCUUGCAGAUGAUAUAUAUAUAUAUAUAGUACUCGCAAAUCUUGUAAGUAGCACACGCCGCACUAC